AUGGCGACCACGAUGCAGCGGGCAAAUCGCUUAAAGACGGCUUUUGACGCAGCGAAGGGUCCCAGUAUGGGAUGUUGGCAGAUGUUUCCGGGGAGUAACGUCUCCAGGACUCUGGCUAGAACAGGUGUUGAUUGGGUAUUGGUUGACUGUGAGCAUGGAAAUAUGGACGAUGCGGCUAUGCACGAAGCUGUGCCUGCCAUAGCAGCCUGUGGUGUUAGCCCCAUUGUCCGGAUACCCGACAAUCAAGGAUUUUUGGUGAAGCGAGCACUCGAUUCUGGAGCACACGGUGUUCUUGUCCCUCUAUUAUAUACUGUCGAAGAUGCCAAAAAGCUCGUCAAGAGCGCCAAGUUCCCCCCGGCCGGUCAGCGUGGAUUCGGCUCUCCAUUUCCACACGAGCGCUUUUCUCCUUCUCUGGGCUCAACCGAUUAUCUGCAACAAGCCAACGAUGCUAUUCUCGUGAUGGUUCAAAUCGAGACCAAAGAAGCUCUGGAUGACGUCGAUGCUAUUGCCGCCGUCCCUGGCGUUGAUGUUUUGUUCGUUGGUCCCUUUGAUCUGGGGAACAAUAUCGGACACCCAAUUAUUGAGGGCAAGAUGGAUGACAAUUUGCAUGCUGCUAUCAAAAAAGUAUUAGAGGCUUCGAGGAAGGCUGGGAAGAAAGCGGGCAUCUUCUGUACAAGUGGGGACCAGAGCAAAGGCUAUGCGGACAUGGGGUUCGAUAUGAUCAGCUGCGCGACCGACGUGAUGAUCUUACAAGCAAGUGUUAUGGGUGCGCUAUACACGGCAAAGGGGUUGGGUGAAGUCCCAAAGCUUACUGGUCCUUACGGGAAAUAG